CAGUGAGUUGAAUAAUGAAAGAAUUUGCCUGACAGGUUUUGUAGUGUUUUGUCGCCUGGAUGAAUGAUUGCGGAGGAUAGACUAGAGUCUCUUUUGACAAGAAUGCAUUGGAAUGAUUCAUCCAAUUCCUCAGAAAGUGACAAUGAAGCUCAUUCAGCCUUUACACAGACAGAGCACAACAUAGUUGCAGCUUACUUAAUAACUGCAGGAGUGAUAAGUAUUUUCAGUAACAUUGUUGUGUUAAGCAUCUUUGUUAAGUACAAAGAGCUUCGGACAGCAACCAAUGCAAUUAUUAUCAACCUGGCUUUUACUGACAUUGGUGUUAGUGGCAUUGGUUACCCCAUGUCUGCUGCCUCCGACCUGCAUGGAAGCUGGAAAUUUGGAUAUACUGGGUGCCAGAUCUAUGCUGCGUUAAAUAUCUUUUUUGGAAUGGCGAGUAUUGGUUUGCUCACUGUUGUUGCAGUUGACCGAUACCUGACAAUCUGCAGGCCUGACAUAGGAAGAAGAAUGACUACCCGUACCUAUGCCAUUCUAAUCCUUGCUGCUUGGAUAAAUGCAGUCUUUUGGGCUUCCAUGCCCACUGUAGGCUGGGCAAGCUAUGCUCCGGAUCCAACUGGAGCAACAUGCACAGUAAAUUGGAGGAAGAAUGAUGUGUCCUUUGUUUCCUACACAAUGAGUGUAAUUGCUGUUAAUUUUGUUGUACCUUUAACAGUCAUGUUUUACUGUUAUUACAAUGUUUCCCGAACAAUGAAACAAUAUGCCAGCAGUAACUGCCUGGAGAGCAUCAAUGUAGAUUGGUCUGACCAAGUAGAUGUGACAAAGAUGUCUGUUGUGAUGAUUGUAAUGUUCUUAGUGGCAUGGUCUCCAUAUUCUAUUGUGUGUUUAUGGUCUUCCUUUGGAGACCCAAAGAAAAUUUCUCCUGCAAUGGCCAUCAUAGCUCCUCUCUUCGCAAAAUCUUCCACAUUCUAUAAUCCCUGCAUUUAUGUUGUUGCAAACAAAAAGUUUCGGAGGGCAAUCCUGGCAAUGGUGCGGUGUCAGACAAGACAAGAGAUAACUAUAAGCAAUGCCUUGCCCAUGAGUGCAUCUCAAAAUGCA